UUUGCUGCUUUUUCAUCCCGCCUGUGUGCGCCGCAUCCAUACCAAGAUCCCCUGACUUAUUUAGCACAUGUCCCCGCAGCUUUAGCCGAAUAAAAUUACAUAAUUGCCUUAUAUCGCCUUAAAAAGCGCAACUAUCUCCCGUCUGACCCGAUCGGCGCUUUCACGGUUCUAGUUGGUUCAGUCCUUUCACGUAAAAGAGCUCCACUCAGAACUCGUCAUCUCCCACAAAAACAAGUGUGCCAUGCAGGAGGAGUAAUCCUCCACCUUUUUCUUCUUUGUGCUCCAUUGGAGGAAACCCAGGAAAGGAAAAAAAGAAAAAAAUCCUACUUACCAAGCCAAGAUGUCAGACCCUGAUUCCGCCUUGCCGGCAGAGCCCCCGCUGCCUCUGACUUCUCCAAGCACUCCCCUGCAGCUCUCCUUCCCUUUUCUGAGGGAAGGCAGCCGUGUUUGGGAAAGGGAAAGAAAACCACCACAGCCUGGAGAACUGCCCAGCCCACUGCCUACCAAACGCACCCGCACAUACUCAGCGACAGUACGAGCCAGAUCAGGUCCUGUUUUCAAAGGGGUUUGUAAAAAUUUCUCCAGGUCUCAGGGUCACGGAUACAUACGUCCUUCUCAUGGAGGAGAAGACAUUUUUGUUCACAUCUCUGACAUUGAAGGGGAGUAUGUGCCCGUGGAAGGAGAUGAGGUCACAUACAAGGUGUGCCCCAUCCCUCCCAAGAACCAGAAGAUCCAGGCUGUUGAUGUGUUGAUCACCCACCUUAAUCCAGGCACCAAGCACGAGACCUGGUCGGGUCAAAUAAUCAGCUCCUAAAUCAGUUAGAGGUGGCAUGGCUGCAAAGUCACAGAGGAAUUUGGAUUUACGUAAUUUUAGGUUUUUAUGUUUUGGGGGCACAAGGGAUGGGACAAGGUCUGGGACAGAGGAGGGGGAUCUAAGUUUGCUGUACCAUAAAACUUCCUGGUAUGGAGAAUAAAGGUUAGGGUUGAAAUCAAGCUCUGAAUGUAUAUGUUUGAAUGUUUUCCUGUGAACGCCACAGUUUUAUUAUUUAGGUUUGGAUAUUUUCAUUGAGAGGUUAAAAGUUGGGUUUGGUAAGUUGGAAAUCUGGAUUUGGUGUUUGCAUUCUUACUUUGACCUGGAGGGAAUAUACAUUAGUUGGGAAGUCAGUGGUUGUUAGGAAGGUAAUGUCUUAGUUUAAAUGGGAUGUCUAAGUCACAGCUGUAGUAGAGGCCAAAAUACAUCUAGAACAAACUGGAAACAGUGUAGUAACAUUUACUCUUAAGAGUUUAAAUGAGGUUUAUUCUCAAGAGAAACAGCUUGAGAGGUCCAGUUCAUCUCCAUAUUCUCAACUGAUGCACACUGCCAAAAGUCAUCUAAAAACUCUGAUUGAAAACGUACAUUUAUUUCAGUUUACAAAUGGAGACAGUAUUCAGACACACA